AGCAUUGACAUGGUUGAGAUGAUUCGGCGACCCAAAACCACAAAUCCAACAUUCGCUCCCACUAUAUCAUCACUUAUCGCUCUCGGCUCACCUCAAGCUUAGAUCCAUGGCUUCCACACUUUCACCUCUGAACCGAACCCUUUCACUUCCCCCUGUACGCAAUGCUACACCAUCCUCCUGCAAGGCCCACGCCGCCAAACUUGCGCCGGCAUUUUCAAUCAAUGCCCUAUCAGGGCGGAGGCAGUUGCUAUUCUUCCUGACGACUUCUACGGCGCUUACGGCGAAGGAACGGACGUCCAUGGCGCAGGACGUUCCUCUGUUCGGAUUUCGGAAGAAUCUGAAGAAAGUUGAGGAAGCAGCCGAGGAGAUUGUGAAAGAGGGCUUCGAAGCCGCGGACAAAGGGGUGGAAACGGCGGAGCGUGGGCUGGAGACGGCGGAGCGUGGAAUUGAGGCGGCGGAAAAGGGGAUAGAAGCGGCAGAGAGGGAGAUAUCCGAUGCUGUGAGUUUUGGGGGGUUGGCACAGGCAGGAGCGAUGGUUGGAGCGGAGGUUUUUAGUGUUCUGGUUGCAACAGCCGUUGUGAACGGUAUUUUGGGGCCGGAAGCUCAAAAGUCAUGACGUUACAGACUAAUGCAUCCGAUCAACUUGCAAUCGGCUAUUUGUCAGGCCUGAUGUCUCUUCGUGAAUCAAGGCAUCUAAAUGCAAGCUCAGCCACCUUGUGAACAGAAUAUUUCGUCCAUUCAUCCUCGUGUGAUGACAGGAAAGGAUCCACUAUCUCGUCCACACAACCCCUUCCAAUCCUGUCAACUGCAAGUGCAGCUAAAUUAACCUCAUUCACAGGACGAGAAAAAUCAACCACUUUCAGGGCAGUUAUUAUCUCUACUAAAACCACUCCAAAGCUAUAGACAUCGCUCUUGUCAGAGAGGUGGAAAUUGUGCUCAUAUGAAGGGUCAACAUAGCCUGGUGUCCUUCGUGGAGAGGUUGAGAUAUGUGAUAUGUCUGUUAUGCCAAGCCUAGAAAGCCCAAAAUCUGCCACUUUUGAUUUGAAGUUGUAAUCCAGCAGUAUAUUGCUGGACUUUAUGUCUCUAUGGUAGAUUGGAGGAUCAAUGGCAGAAUGAAGAUAUGCUAUAGCAUUGGCAGUUUCAGAAGCAACGGUGAGCCGUGUUAUCCAGGGAAGUGCAGUACCCUUUGCUUUCGUAAAUGCUGAGAUAGUGUUCCAUUGGGCACAAAUUCAAGAACGAGUAUUUGCUUUGUUCCCCCUAUCCAGCAACCCAAGAUACGGACUAAAUUUGGGUGGCUUACAAGAGAAAGGAGCUUGAUCUCAUUUAUGACUUGGACUACGUUAUUAUCUCGACGCUUUAUCUUUUUUAUUGCAACCCAUUCAUGGUGAAGUUUCCCCAAAUAAACUGUGCCAAAAGCCCCAGAUCCGAGCUUCCGUUGCUCCGAGAAAAAAUUAGUGGCUGCUUCUAUUUCUUUGUACGAGUGGACUGCAAGAUUGGUAUUGCCUAAAACUUCACUUAA